UCUUAGCUCAUGACUAUACACUGCUUAGCUUAGUCCGCACCACACCACACCAACACUAUCUUUUUCAGUUUUUCUUUCUCUUGCCAUAUCCAUGGCUCCCUCUGCAAAAUUCCUAUCUUUCUUCUUCCUCCUAGCCCUCUUCUUCUCUAUGCAAAUUCAUGCUAGAGAAAGCCAGUUCUUCAGCAAAGUCACAAAUGUCAACAACAACAACGAUGCCAAAGAGACAACAGUACUUCCCAAGAAAGAAGAAACCACAACAAAACAAGAUCAAGAGCCAACCUUCAUCCCAGAGACCAAAGGCGGCUACGGCCUCUACGGCCACGAGUCCGGCCAGUUUCCUCCCACCACCCAAACCUCUGUCAAUGGCGCGCCCUACACCACCACCCCAACCCAUGUCAAUGGCGUGCACUACGCACCCUACACCACCACCCCAACCCAUGUCAAUGGCGCAUCCUACGCACCCUACACCACCACCCCCACCAAUCUCCCAUACAAAAACCAGUUUGAAGAUGACGAGUCCUUGAACAAGUACCUCAGCACCAACGACAACAACGACGACAACAACAACAACUAUUACAACACCAACGACGUCGUCGACAACAACAACAACAAGAACGAGUACUAUAAUUACAACACCAACAAGAACAGCUACGAGGCCAACCAAUAUGGCUUUGGCGACACAAAGCUGACGGGGAGAGGGUAUACCACCAUGGGCAGCCAGGACAAGUACAAUGAGCGGCAAGGCAUGAGCGACACAAGGUUUUUGGAGAACGGCAAGUACUACUACGACGUUAAGGGCGAGAAUUACAAUCCUAACCAGUAUGGGAACUCGAGAGGUACUGUGGCUUCCAGAAAUUGGUACGGCUCCAACAAGGGUUACUACGGCAACAAUGGGAACUCCUAUGAGCACAAAAACUACAUGGCAGGGUACGAAAAUGAGGAAGAGUUCCAAGGGGAACAAGAGGAGUUCCACCCGUGAGUUUUCCUUUUGACAAAACAAGUACCGCAGAGAAUUGUGAGAUUGUUUAAGCAAAUUCAGUGGUGUUUUUUAUAUUAUUUAAAGCAUAGGGGUAUUAUUAUAUAUGCAGGGUUCUUAUGGUCAAAUUUGUUAUCUAGCUUGUUUGUGGGUUUGCAUACUCUUCAUGCUCUGAAAAGCUCAAGUGUGAAAUUAAUUUAAGCAUAGUUUUGCUUUUGGUUAUGAACACCUUAAUAAAAUGUAUAUUAUAAUA